UCUAUGUAACGCCUGUGCGACUUGUAGAACAUAGUGUUCCCGUUGAACUGUAUUGAAGCAGCAACAUAUUAAUACAGUAGUGCACACGCGACUUGUAAUGACGCUUGUUCGUUUGUCGGAAAAAAAUAUAUUUUAAUGUGAAAAUGUCUUUCUAUGUCGUUCAAACUCGUAAAUCUAAAAAGUCAAAGCCGAGUGUAACUGUAGUGCCAUCAAAAUGGGUGGAAAAUAAUGUAGUACAUUGGCCACCAAAUAAUUUCAUCACUCUGGCAAAAGAUGAAAAUUCGACGCCAGAUGUGAAAAACUGGAAACAGCAAAAAUGCAAAAUUGUUGCGAAAGCAUCCACCUUUGACCAAGCGGAGGAAACUAUGCAUAGAUUGGAAUCAAUAACUGAUUCCGAAGAUGCAGUGCAAAUGCCAAUGGGAACGCGAUUACAUCCGGCAAAAAAGAAGCCCAAAUUCCAGUCAAAAACUUAUCAUCUGGCACCACCCGUUCCUCAGUAUGAAACAAAGAUUUCUAAUGUCAACCCAUCAAUGAUUCUUGAGGGAACAGCAAAUCAUGAGUUAAUUGCCGGCACAUCAGCCGCUGCACAUAUUUCGUAUGUAUUACAAGAAACGCCAGAAUCCGCCACAAAUACAAUAUUGGGUCGUCUUUCGACCGGUGCACAUUGAUCGAGAAAACACAAACUUGGCUGCCACCGCCACAGUACAGUCACUUGGAACCAACACACGAAACAUUAUUUUUUCACCGAACACUGCACUUCCAGCCAAUAUCUCUACGUAUUUGGCUGGCUCUUCAACGGAACUGGCUAGGACAGAACGGAAGAAAGUUACCAACAAUUCAGCCACAGUUGGUUCACACUUGACUCCAGCGCUCCCAAAAGUAACGCAGUUCGGAGGCAUUUCUAUCAAUUCGCACGAAAAGCAAAAGUUUACUGUGAGUCCCGUUCCACGAAACAUUGCCGGGUCUUCGUUUCAGACAGCAGCUAGCCAAGUAUUUUCCCAUCAGGGCACUUCACGAGAGUCUCUUCAUUCAAAUCAAUUCACACAGCAAAAUAAUGCCAUGUUCACCAGUCAAACUCAUGUUGAUGGGCUUGGUGGGCAGUAUUUGCAGCUUUCGGAUGGUACGUUGAUUCAAAUUUCAAUGGAAAACAUCAUCACAGGGGAUGAAUCAAUCCCCAAUAAUGCAUCAACGCAGUUGCGAUCUGUUGACUCAAUGCAGUAUAUGGAUAUACAACCAAGCGGAUCAUCUUCGCUAAUGGCUGUAUCGGAUAAUAAUGGUACAGAGACAUUGAAAACGACAAGUGACCAAUUGCGUAACAACUCCAGUGUACAAAUCGUCGACCCAGUAACCCCCGAGGAUUAUCCAGAAGACGAUGGUAAAAAUGAAAUAUCCCAGAAAUUGGAUUCAAUCCUAAAUCGUUUAGGUAACAUGGAAACAGCUUUGGUAAAAAUUACCAGUUUCAUGGCAGAUACUCAACGAUUUAUGAGUAUGAAAUCUGGCCAUGAUCUAUCGCAACAAGAGAGCUCAAGAAAAAGGAAAAUUAUAGAAGAUGAUUUCUCUACAGUCGAAGAACUCUUCCCAGUUACAAAUGAAAAUCAUUUGUUAACACUGGAGAACAGUUUGAAAACCCAAGCUAUCAAUAACAAAAUCUUUGCGUACUUUGAGUUUGUGUUCAAUUUGAAUGGCAAGCGAGACAGUGGCCCGUUUUUCAAACUUUUGCUGCGAAAGAUGUUGGUUCCUACGGUGCUGCUUCCGUUUUCAUGGAAGGGCCAAUCCAGAAAUGUGAAAGGUAUCGAAAGAUCGGAAAACAGAUCAUUCAGAGAAUGUUUCCCAACGUUCGUGAAGUUCGUGCACCGUGUAAUUCGUGCUGCAGAUUACGAAUAUACCCAAGAACAGUGUGACAAAUCUUUCAGUCUUGAGAAACAAACAUACGGAAAUCAGCCGAUUUACAGGUAAUGGAAAUCUACGGGUGACGAAUGUACGACGUCGUAAGAAGGGUACCAACACGACGAUCGAUGGCGCUCCUGAACGUGAACACAUUGCAUCUAAUGAUGCACCUGUAUUUGAGGUACAAGUACCUAUGGAAGAUUCGGUUUCAUCGGUGGAUACAUUCGAUCCCACAUCAUCUGCAGAAGGAUCAAUCGCAGCAUCUCCGAAACAGGAAAACGCCUGAUUGAAAACGAAGUUUUAUACAUGUUUCUUAUAAUUUUAACUUGUAUCGAUUGAUACAAAAUAUUGAGAAAAGGAUGAGUUCGAUUGAUUUGAAAUAAGUACUGUAAUACUGUAAGGACAAAUAUUGAUUUUUCUAAUAAACA